GCAACAUUUGAUGCAAAACGGAUCGUCAUCAUCCCAACUGCGUGUGUUCAUAAAUUGGUACUGGAUAUUUGUCUCAGGUGUCUUUUUCGAUUUCCUUUUAGGAGCGUGGUGUGAGCAGAAGUUAAAUCAAACAGCAUGUUUCAGUUCAACGGGUUUAAUAUGAUGUUUCCGGAUCAUUCCCGUCCGUUCAGUACCACGUACAAAUGCUACUCGGUAUCGAUGCUGCCGGGCAAUGAAAGACAGGAUGUGGAGAAUGGUGGUAAAAUCAUUAUGCCACCGUCGGCACUCGAUCAGCUGACGAGGCUUAAUGUGGUCUACCCUAUGCUAUUCAAGCUCACAAAUGCAUCGAUUAACCGUAGCACACAUGCAGGAGUGCUCGAGUUUGUUGCUGACGAAGGCAAAAUCUACAUCCCCUACUGGAUGAUGCACAAUCUGCUGCUUGACGAAGGGGAUAUGGUAGAGAUCGAGAGUGUGUCCAUUCCGGUGGCGACUUACUCAAAGUUCCAGCCACAGAGUGUUGAAUUUUUGGACAUUACAAACCCGAAGGCAGUGCUGGAGAAUUGUCUGCGGAACUUUGCCUGUCUGACGACGGGCGAUUUGAUUGCAAUCAAGUACAACAACACCACGUAUGAGCUUUCGGUGCUGGAAACAAAGCCCGGUCCUGCCGUCACAAUUAUCGAAUGUGAUAUGAACGUUGAGUUCGCCCCUCCGGUGGGGUACACCGAGCCAGAGAGGAAGGAGAAGGAAGAGGAACCGAUGACCAUCGAUCCGACGGAGCUGAUGCCCGAACCAACGGGAUUUGUAGCGUUCAAAGGUGAGGGCACGAGACUCGAUGGCAAAAAGAAGAAGGACAAUGGGGCCAACGAUGCUCCGCAAGCACAGAGGCAAACGUAUGUACGUGGAAUUCCCGACUACGAACAUCCGUUCGGUUUACUGCGGUUUGACCGGAGUAUAAGAAAGGCAGAGCAGAACGAUACGAAACUGGAAGAGAACAAGUUUGAAGAGUUUCAGGGAGAAGGGUUCAGCCUAAAGAAAAAUCGCAAGUAAUGGCAAAUAGUUUGAUCUGCAGCGUAUAGAGUAAGGGAACUUUGUGAUCCAAUCAUGAUGAAAUGCAUGAAUUUCUACGGGCGGA